CAUGUGUGUGUUAGGUCUGAUCUGGCUCAACUCAGUUGAAGUUAGAGUUUGCUCUUCUCUCUGUUCCUGUUUGGAUGGUUAUUUCGACGCAAAAUGAUCUUUAUCAUCUAGGAAAAGCCAUAGUCUUCACGAGUUCAAUGGACAAACAUCAAUCGCGCAAAUGGUGAAUUUUAAAUCACAGUUUUGGAUUUUAAGUAAUUUAUUUGCGUGUUUUAUCGUGACGUUGUGAGCAUUAGCUUUAGCUUCGGCUGAACUUCACUGUCACUGAAACUCAACAACGCUGUAACACUCACCAGCUAAAUGGGAAAGUGGAUCACAAGUCUGGUUUGAAACUGAAUCUGGGUCAUUAGAGUUGUAAAUCCUCCAGUCCGACAGCAUGGAUCCGCUGGGCCGGUCCGGAGGGGAGAUUCAGCGUAGAAACCCACAGCAAGACUUUGAGCUGAUCCAAAGAGUUGGCAGUGGAACAUAUGGAGAUGUUUAUAAGGCUCGAAACAUCUCCACUGGAGAACUUGCAGCAGUGAAGAUCAUCAAACUUGAGCCUGGUGAUGAUUUCUCUAUCAUCCAGCAAGAGAUCUUUAUGGUGAAGGAAUGCACCCAUCACAAUAUUGUAGCUUACUUUGGCAGCUACCUCUGCCGCGAGAAAUUGUGGAUUUGUAUGGAAUACUGCGGUGGAGGAUCAUUACAGGACAUAUAUCAUGUUACAGGUCCCCUUACUGAAAUUCAGAUUGCCUAUGUGUGCAGAGAGACAUUACAGGGUUUGGGCUAUCUGCACUCCAAAGGGAAGAUGCACAGAGACAUAAAGGGGGCGAAUAUCUUGCUUACAGACAAUGGAGAUGUCAAAUUAGCUGACUUUGGAGUAGCUGCUAAAAUUACAGCCACCAUGGCAAAGAGGAAAUCCUUCAUUGGGACGCCUUACUGGAUGGCUCCAGAGGUGGCAGCAGUAGAGAAGAAUGGAGGUUAUAAUCAGCUGUGUGAUAUUUGGGCUGUUGGAAUCACAUCCAUAGAACUGGCAGAACUACAGCCUCCCAUGUUUGACCUACAUCCCAUGAGGGCUUUGUUUCUGAUGUCUAAAAGCAAUUUUCAGCCACCCAAGUUAAAGGACAAGACCAAAUGGUCUACUGCUUUCCAUAAUUUUGUUAAAAUUUCCCUCACAAAGAACCCUAAGAAGAGACCAACAGCUGAGAAGCUGCUUACGCAUGUGUAUGUGGCUCAGACUGGGUUGACUCGACGGUUAGCUUUAGAGCUGCUAGAUAAGAUGAACAACCCAGAUAAUCAUCAAUCUCCGUACAACCAGGGAGAUGAAGAUGACCUAGAGCCGCUCGCGGAGCGUCACACCAUUCGCUCGACUCACAACAGGAACUCUCGUGCUGAAAAAACCCGGUCACAGAUUAACUUUGACAAGCUCAAGUUUGAGCCCCCAAUGAAGAAGGAGACCGAAGCGAGAGACGAAAUGGACGUGACUAAAGACAAUAAUUUCUCUUCCCCCUGGAGCCCAUCUGUAGACGGCCCCAUCACCUCCAGGGGCCACUUGGCUCCACUAGAAGAUGUAUUCGAGGAAGUUGAUAUCUCGACUCUUAAACAGGGAAUUCCUCCACCUCUGCCUCCAAAGCCCUCACAGGCUCGACCCGGCAGCGUAUCUGAAGAAUUUGGUUUGAACGACGGCUCGCAGACGGUUCGAAGGUUACCAGGUUCGGAUAAUGGGGCGGUACCGGUGUCUCGCAGACAGAGCACACCUGAGAGAGGAAGCAACGUGGAUAAUAACCAAUCCGAUUACAUGUCUGUGAGCGUCAGCAGCCCUGGUCUGCUCUCACACACCGCUGACCAAGAGGAAGAUUCAGAUGGAGAUGUAAAUGGAGAUGUUACAAAGUCACCUCCCAGUCGCCCCCAGAGGAAAGAGAGAAGAGAUUUCCCUGUAUGUAAACCUGCUAUAAAUGGUCUGCCGCCAACACCUAAAGUCCUGAUGGGAGCUUGUUUCUCAAAGGUGUUUGAUGGUUGUCCACUUAAAAUUAACUGUGCCACUUCAUGGAUUCACCCAGAUACUAAAGACCAGUAUCUGAUAUUUGGCACAGAAGACGGUAUCUAUACUCUGAACCUGAAUGAGCUACAUGAAGCCACCAUGGAGCAGUUGUUUCCACGGCGAUGCACGUGGCUUUACAUAAUCAAUAAUAAUCUGAUGUCAUUAUCAGAAGGGAAGACGUUUCAGUUGUAUUCCCACAAUCUGAUUGGGCUGUUUGAACAGCUCAAGAAACCAGGACUGGCCACUCAGUUCCACACCCACAGGUUCCCUGACAAGAUACUGCCCAGGAGAUUUGCUCUCACCACCAAAAUUCCAGACACCAAGGGUUGCCAUAAGUGUUGCAUCGUGAGGAAUCCCUACACAGGUCAUAAGUAUCUCUGCGGUGCUUUGCAGUCUGGGAUCGUUUUGCUGCAGUGGUACGAGCCCAUGCAGAGAUUCAUGCUUAUAAAGCACUUUGAUUUCCCAUUGCCCAGUCCUCUGCGUGUGUUUGAGAUGCUGGUGGUCCCGGAGCAGGAGUAUCCACUGGUGUGUGUGGCAGUCAGUCAGGGCAUGGAGCCUAGCCAGGUUGUUCGCUUUCAAACCAUCAACCUCAACUCCUGCUCAUCCUGGUUCACUGAGAUCGGCUCAGGUGGUAACCAGGUUGAUGCGGUCCAUGUGACGCAGUUAGAGAGAGACACCGUACUCGUAUGCCUGGACAAGAACGUAAAAAUAGUGAACUUGUAUGGAAAGCUGAAGUCUAAUAAGAAACUGGCAUCCGAGCUGAGCUUUGAUUUCUGCGUGGACUCUGUAGUGUGUCUGCAAGACAGUGUUCUGGCCUUCUGGAAGCAUGGGAUGCAGGGAAAGAGUUUUAGGUCAAAUGAGGUGACACAGGAGAUUUCGGACCCGAGCAGAGUGUUCAAACUCCUGGGAUCAGACAGGGUUGUUGUUCUCGAGAGCAGGCCUACAGAUAACCCGACAGCUUUCAGUAACCUAUACAUCUUGGCUGGACACGAGAACAGUUAUUAGCUCCGCCCCCCAGGCAUUCAGACACACUGUACCUGGAGCCAUUGCAAUACACCAUGCAUUUAUUUGGAACGGCACCCAUGAACUGGACAACCACAGCUGAGCUGAUGAGCAGACUGUGUUUAGUGCUAAAUCUCAUUGCAGCCUUAUGCCACUUUCUGUACUCCACCAGAGACCCUUCAGACGUCUCUCCACCUCAGCGAGCUUUCAGAAUCAAACUUUUUGCAAGCGCCCAGUCAAAUUUGUGUAAAUGAAGCAGAAGUGCAAGCAAUAAUGCAAUGCAUUGCAAACUUUUUUAACCUUAUUAAAUAUAACCAUUUUAAAUAUUAAACAAAUAAUAAUAAUGCUGCAAAGAUGCAUUGCUGCUCAUUGUGUGCCAUAUGAGGGAAUGGAUUUAUUAAGUGUAACUAACUUGAGCUUCUAUAAAGUUUGUGUUUAUGGGAAUUUUAAAUGGCAGGUUUGUGUAUCUGCUGUUUGGGGAGAUUUCAAGAGAAGAGAGUGAGUGUUAUUUAUUCAGCUGAGUCAUGCGAGUAAUGCAUUUUGCCCUCAUGUUACUGGAUGAAUAUUUUUCUGCCGCAGGUCAUUUUCUGUUUUCAUUCAUCUUUUAUUUCUAUCUCCAGCUGUGUAAUAUUUUAAAAUACAAGUUAUCUCUUUUAAACGUAUCUUUAAUUCAAUACUUGCACCAUGUAAGCACUUUUGUACAUUCUUUUUUUGUAUUUAAAAAUGACAAAACAUGGGAGAUGUGAGGUUAAUGUGAUAUCUCGUGUAUUUCCGUUGCUUUAGGUUUAAUGUAUGCAGCUUUUGUAAUAAAAAGGCAAUUGUUAACAGUC